AUGAGCGAGAUGCUGAAGAUGCCUACUAUGAAAUGCAUGGACGUAGAGUUUAUGGGCAUGCUUUGAAUAUUCAGUGGGCCAAAAAUGCACCUUCUAGAUCUUGGAGAAGUCCAAGGAGUCCUGAAAGGGGCGAUCGAACCAAUGGGGAGGAACGCAUGGCUGAAGAUAGAAGGUCUAGGUCUAUAUCACAAUCGAGAGGCGAAACCAAGCGCCGUGACUCUCGCUCAUCUUCUCGUCCCAGAGAGGAAGCAAGAGAAAGAACUGAAAGAUCUCCAAGAGACAGAUCCCCAUCUCCGAACGGUCACCCGGCAUCCCACUCUCAAUCAGUAUCUCCUGCACCACAUCGUUCUCAAUCGAGAAGCCCUCAACGAGAUUAA